AUGGAUGAAUUUCGAGAUUCUCAAAAAGAAAGAAUUAAAGAGGCAUUAGAUAUGUGUGAGCUUACGACCGGUAGGGGCUUGAAUGAAGAACUUGGUCUUUCAAGAGCUUGUGAUACUCGUUGGGGAUCUCAUUAUAAAUCUUUUAACAAUUUUAUUCUUAUGUUUGGUUCUAUUGUUAAUGUUCUUCAAUCACUUGUUCAUGAUGCACGAUUAAUGGAUGAAAGAGCCAAGCAUGACAUUUUGGUACCUAACUUUAAGGAGCCAUAUGUUAGCUCUUUAAGAUCACGACGAAGACUUGGUGACAAUACUGUCUCACAUCAUUAUCGUGUUGAAGUGUUCUGCAAUAUUAUUGAUUGUUUCCACAUUAGAAAGAUAAUGAAAAAGGUUGUGUUAUAUCCAGAUGACUUUGAUGAGUUCAACAUAAGUGUUUUUGAGAAUCAACUUGCAAGUUACAUUAUUGAUGUUCGUGAUGUCGAUGAAAGUUUCUUCGGUCUAAAAGGGCUUUGUGCUCUUCCGAAAAGAUUAGUUCAGACAAAGAAGCAUUCAAAUUAUCCUUUUGUAUUCCGCUUAGUGAAACUUGGUUUGCUUCUGCCAGUUGCCACUGCAUCCGUUGAAAGAGCUUUUUCGACAAUGAAGUUUAUCAAGAAUGACUUGUGGAGUCAAAUAAGUGAUGAUAUUUUUAGCGGUUGUUUGGUGCCUUAUCUAGAAAAAGAUGUAUUUGAUAAUAUUUCUAAUGAUGCUAGUAUUAAGACAUUUCAAGAAAUGAAACCUCGUAGAGUACAAUUGUAA